AGGACCCCACCCUUGUCAACGCCCCCGCAGUACUCGAGCGCGAUGUUGUCGCCGAACCGUCCGAAGAUUCCAUCUCCAUUAUUCAGACCAAGUGAUCGAUCGCUACCUUCCCGAGGCGUCACCGAGAACAGCAUUGAAGACGCUUUUGUCGGGUUCAUCUUCUACUGCAACCCUUCCUUUCCCCUCUCUACCGAUACGUCCAUGUUAAGGGAGCGGUUUCGAAAACUUCCGGAGAAUGAGGGCAAGGCCUUUAAUACGUGGACGUUAUUCGAAUUGAUUGGGAAAUUGGAUCGAAAGGACAUCAAGACAUGGACGGAGCUGGUGCAAGAGUUGGGUGUGGAGAAGCCGAAAGAAGGACAGAGUUCACAAAAAGUUCAACAAUAUUCGGUCCGUUUGAAACGGUGGAUGCGUGCAUUGCAUGUGGAUGCAUUCUUCGGAUAUCUACAUGGGAAGCCGCAUGAAUAUUUCACCAAACUCCCCCCCGCGAAUGAGUCCCUCCCGGAGUCUCGGGAUGGGGUUCCUUUAGAGGAUGACACGGCACUGCGAGCUCUCGAUCCCCGACUGAGACCGAAGAAAGGAAGGAGAAAAAUUGGUGAACAUGAUGAUGAUGCCGAAAAGUUAUCCGCACCACCACCGAAGCGGGUCCAUUUGGAUACCUCGUUAGACUUCCAGAAUUCAACCGCAUUUGACCAGGCCGAUUUUCCAACGAGUGCUAUUCCAUUCAGCGCGCACCCGGAUGAUGGAUAUAUCAAUAGUGCCAAUCCGUGGGGUCCUGGAUCCGCCCUGGUUCCUGCUCAUCUGCUUCCCGCACCGACAUCGCAGUCGGCUGCAUCUGUCACACAAACCUACAAAUGGCGGGUCAACGCGCAGGACGCAAUAACGCCUCAUCCUAUGUCUGCCAUGGAUCCACCCGUUCCACAGCCAGAUUUCGAAGAACCCCGAUCUGCCAUGACCCCGUCCAUGAAACGGCGCCCAAAGAGAGCCCACCAUCCCAAUGUCUCCUCCGCCUGGUCGACGGGAUCCGGGGCAAAUGGGAGGUUUAGGGGUCGGCCUCCGAAUCGUGCCGUGCAAAAUGGUCAGUUUGGUACUUUCCCUGCGAACCCGAGGCAGAGAGAGAGUUCGCCGGCCGAACAA